CUGUCGGAGGAGACCUGCACUGAUCUCUGCUCUGGAGGAUGCACCUUUCUGAAGGAGGGUAUCCCUGAGAAGCUUCACUUUUCAUCCUGACUCCCCACAAGUAAUGAAUCUCUGAGAGGACGAGCAGAGAAGCACACUUCAAAAUGGCAGACAAGGAUAGUGUUGAAAAAUACUUGGAGAAUAACCCUCAGUUUGCCAAAGAGUAUUUCGACAAGAAGGUCCGAUGCGAGGUCAUCGCUGCCGCUUUUGCAGAGAGCCUUGACAUCAAAGAUCCAACCUCGUUCAAGGAUGUCAGCCAAAUCCAGGAGGCCACCAUAAUCUUUGACAUGAUCAAAGAAAUGCAUUCGCAGCAAAUAAUGGAAAAGGCCAUGCACAAGGUCCUGCAGAGGAUAUGUAUGCUGGUGAACGCAGACCGCUGCAGCUAUUUCAUAUACCGAGCCAGAAACGGCAUCCCUGAGCUCGCUUCGUGUCUUUUCGAUGUCACCUCUAUCUCGAAAUAUGAGGCGAAUUUGGUCAACCCUCAAUCUGAAAUUGUCUUCCCUACUGACAUGGGCAUAGUUGGCCAAAUAGUGACUACCAGAAAACCAGCUAAUGUUCCCGAUGUCAAACAGAAUCCCAAAUUCAGUGAUUUUGUGGACAAGCAAACAGGAUACACCACUAAAAACAUGAUGGCUGCCCCUCUCAUGAACGGGAAAGACCCACUUGGUGUGGUCAUGGCAAUUAACAAAGUGGGAGGAAAUGAAUUCUCCAAAGCAGAUGAAGACCUCUUCUCCAAGUACAUCACCUUCGCCACAGUCAUUGGCCUACAGCAUUACACCUCAUACAUGUAUAACGUGGAAUCUAGAAGAAGCCAGGUUCUUUUAUGGUCUGCGAGCAAAGUGUUUGAAGAGUUGACGGACAUUGAGCGACAGUUUCACAAGGCUCUGUACACUGUCAGGACCUACCUCCAGUGUGAGAGGUACUCUGUCGGCCUUCUGGACAUGACCAAAGAAAAGGAGUUCUACGAUGAGUGGCCAAUUAAACUGGGUGAUGUGGAGCCAUACAAAGGCCCAAAGACACCUGACGGCAGGGAAAUCAACUUCUACAAGAUCAUUGAUUAUCUCUUAGAGAGCAAAGAAGAGAUCAAAGUCAUACCAACUCCUCCUGUUGAUCACUGGGCACUUGUUAGUGGCCUCCCCACCUAUGUGGCUGAAAAUGGCUUUAUUUGUAACAUGAUGAAUGUUGCUGCUGAUGAUUACUUUACAUUCCAGAAAGAAGCUGUGGACGAGUCGGGUUUUGUCAUUAAAAACGUCCUGUCCCUUCCUAUUGUCAACAAGAAAGAAGAAAUAGUGGGAGUUGCCACUUUCUUCAAUCGGAAAGAUGGCAAGCCAUUCGAUGAGCAGGAUGAACAAAUUACUGAAGCCCUAACACAGUUCCUAGGAUGGUCUGUACUGAAUUGUGACACAUAUGACAAACUGAAUCGGACAGAGUGGAGAAGAGAGAUUGCAGCAGAAAUGGUCAUGUACCAGACCAAAGCCACCCCAGCUGAAGUCCAACAGAUUCUGAACACAAAGGAGAAGUUUGACAUGAACCCUGAGGACUGCGAUCAGAAAGAAAUGUACAAACUCUUGAGAGCCAACAUUCCAGAAGCCAAAGAUGUGGAUCUGCUAUUAUUUAGUUUUAGUGACUUGCCUGUCUCUGAGCUUGACCUUAUAAAAUUUGGCAUUCGCUGUUUCUUUGAACUUGGAGUGGUAGAGAAGUUCAAAGUGCCAGCAGAGGUCCUGACAAGAUGGAUGUACACUGUACGAAAAGGCUACAGAGAUAUCACCUACCACAACUGGAGGCAUGGGUUUAACGUGGGCCAGACCAUGUUCUGUCUUCUUCAGACUGGAAGGCUGAGAAAAUACUACUCGGACCUUGAGUCCUUUGCAAUGGUAGCGGCUGCAUUCUGUCACGACAUUGACCACAGGGGUACCAACAAUCUCUACCAGACAAAGAGCGCAUCACCACUGGCCAAGCUACAUGGAUCUUCCAUCUUGGAAAGGCACCAUCUUGAUUACAGCAAGACGCUGAUGGCAGAUGAGAGCGUUAACAUUUUCCAAAGUUUGCAGAAACGCCAGUUUGAGACAGUCCAGCACUUGCAUGAUGUCUGCAUCAUUGCGACUGACCUGGCCUUGUAUUUCAAAAAAAGGACCAUGUUCCAGAAGAUCGUUGAUGCCACUGAACCAAUGAGUGAUGAGAAGGAAGCGAUUGCCUAUGUGUCCAACAAUCCCAUUAGGAAGGAAAUCAUUAUGGCAAUGAUGAUGACUGGAUGUGACUUGUCUGCCAUUACCAAGCCAUGGGAGGUCCAGAGCAAAGUUGCUCUCAUGGUGGCAGCUGAAUUCUGGGAGCAGGGAGACCUGGAAAGGACUGUGCUAGACCAACAACCCAUUCCCAUGAUGGACAGGAACAAGGCGGAUGAACUUCCGAAGAUGCAGUGUGGUUUCAUUGACUUUGUGUGCUCAUUUGUGUACAAGGAAUUUUCAAGGUUCCACAAAGAGAUCACUCCCAUGUUCGAUGGCCUGAACAACAACAGAGUCCAUUGGAAGGAACUGGCUGAUAUUUAUCAAGCAAAAGUAGACGCUAUAGAGAAUGAACGAAAACGGCUAGAAGAGGAGCAGGCUAAAAAAGGCAUGUUGGACCCAUUAGUUGACAUCUUUUUGUUCGUUUGUGGACAGGGAUUGUAGAUUAAAGGGAUAGUUCACAAAAAACAGGAACAUUUUAUUAAUUACUCACCUUCAUGUCGUUCCAAACCUGUAAGACCUUCGUUCAUCUUCAGAACACAAAUUAAAAUAUUUUAGAUGAAAUCCAGGAGCUUUCUGACCCUGCUUAAACAACGCAACACAACUGAAAUUUUCCCAGGCCCAGAAACGUAGCAAGGACAUCGGUAAAAUUGUCCACAUAACAUCACUAAUUCAACAGUAAUUUUACGAAGCUAUGAGAAAACUUUUUGUGUUCAAAGAUAAUAACUGAACGAUUCUUGGACAAAGAUGAGCAAAGUUGAGGGUGAGUGAUUAACAACAGAAUUUAAAUUUUUGGGUGAACGAACCCUUUAAGUGGAAGAAAUGAUGAGGGAAAUUGAUCAGAAAAUGGCAAAGGAUGCAGAAAAAAGGUACACUUUCCAAAGGUACGCUAUUGUACCUUACCACUAAAGGGUGCAUAAUAGUACCCAAAUUCUACAUAUUUCAACCUCUU